CGCCGCUCUUGGGAGCUUCAUCACUAACCUAAUAGUCCGAUAAGUUGCAUUUUUCCAUCAAUAAUUAUCUCACCGAAAAUUGUCAAAUUAUCCAAGCAAUUGGUUAUUCAAAUGUAUACUAGUCACAUGUUGCUGUUCUCCAGUUACGUAUUCUCGAAACGUGUCCUGGGUUAAAUGCUCUGGUAUCGAACUAAUUUGCUUGGAAAAUGCGUCGUAAAAGUGAGCGUAAUAAGGGCAAGUCAUCCCCGGAGAAGAAGGUUGAGAAGCCCACUCGCAAAUCGAGUCGAAGGCGUGCUAAAAAAUCUCCAUCAACAUCCCCAGAGCGUUCAAAGAGCCCAGAUGGUGAGGGUGCAGCCGGGGAAAAAGAGUCCAACGUAAACUACAAAGUUCAGACUCGUUUAGCAAACAAAGAAGUUCCUGAGACUAUCGUCGAGGAGCCGGAGUCAAAGGUGUCCUCAACCGAUCAAGUGACUGGUGAUCUAGACGACGCUGGUUGUGUAUGGAAAGUAGCCAGGGCUGAUGCAUCACCCGGAGAAAUUCAAAAGCUCAAGCUCUGCAGACAACGUAAUCUGUCAGAGACGUCAGAUGCAUCAUUGAGUCGAAAACGGGUGAGCAAGUGGCAAGAGGGUGAGGGUAACGCUGAGGAGGCUGACUCUGCUGACGAGAGGCCAGCAACGUCCAACGAUAAGACGGAUUCUGGUAAUAUUGCACUGGCCGAUGACACGUCCUCAACGACUGAGAGGGAUAGGGAUAUGGAAAGGGAGUCUGGCGAAGAGGUAAGUGAUAGCAAGGAGAUCCCGCCUGAAACUACAGUCGACUUGUCUGAUGUAAAACCAAACAUAGAUCAAGGACAAGCUGAAUCACAAGCUGAACAACCGGAAAGAGAAACUGUUAAGGAAACAACACCCCCAAAUAAGGAUGAUCGUGAGAAUAGUGAGGCUCGUGGUGAUGAUGCUAACGUGUCGGAAAAUAUGGAGAUUGCAGAACAGGAGGUACCGGAGGCCAAGGAGGUGCUUGAGUCAAGGACGUCCGAUAAAGAAGAGAAGACUGAGGAGGAUGUGAAAGAUAAAGAUAUAGAAAAAUCAGUUGAAAGUUUAAAAACGAAUGAGAAAGAUCAAGAGGAAGGUGUUGGUACUAGUCGAUCCACUGAUCUUAAUGAAUCAGGUAAAGACCCUAGUGAUAGCGAGGAGAAACCGAGGAUUGAAGAAGAAAAAAUUAAAAAUUCAUCGGAAAAUUCUACCGACGAAAACGUUAGACCGUCGAGAACACGGUCUGUUAGACGAAAGCAUCGUGAUAAGUACCAGGAUUCUUCGAACUCAGACACAGGUGAAACUGAUGAGGAAGAAGAAGAAGAGCAGGAUGAGAAGAAGGUGGUGAAGGAGGAGGAGAAGAGGAGUAAAAAGAAGGGCCUGGAGACUGAAGAGGAAAAGGAUAAAAGAAGCAGAGAAAAUUCACCUGAAGUAAAGGUCGAGGUGGAGAGCAGCAAGAAGGAUGAAGGGGGUGGGGAAGUGGAUAAACAGGAGGUGAUUAUUUCCUCUGCUGUGGGGAAUGAUACGAGUCCUGUGAGGGAGGAAAAACAAACUAAUAUUUGCAGACCAGCUAAAGUGAAUUUAAAGAGGGCUUUUACUUCGAGAAUAUCGGCUGAAGAGUUGAAGAAGGAUGAUGCUGGCUCGGCGAAUGAUGCCAGUCAAGAUAAGGAAAAUCAUGUUACUGAUGAGUCUAAAAGCAUUCCAAAGAGACGUCGCUGGGGUACAGCAUUCAGUACAGAUAUAGCACCUGUAUUAUCAAUUUCAACAGAUUCUCUCAAGGCUCUAGUACCUGGCGCCAAACCCCUGUCGAUAAAGGAGGUUCGUUUAUCAAAGGACGACGAUGAAGAUCGUGACCGUCGCAAGGAUAAGCGUCAGGUGGCCAACGAUGAAGACAAAUCAAAGGCGGACCACGAGACGAAAAAUGACAGUUCGAAGGAUAAUCAUAUGGGUGCACGACGAAAGAUAUCAAUAGUAAAGGACACACCACAACUCUCCUCAAGUCCUCCUGUUGCCCAGCCAACGAGUAUCUUGUUAAUCAAAAAUCUAGUUCGACCUUUUACGCUGAAUCAAAUAAAGGAACUCUUGUCACGUACUGGGACCAUUGUAGAGAACGGAUUCUGGAUCGACAGAAUUAAAUCUAAAUGCUUUGUAGAGUAUGCUAAUGAGGAUCAGGCAUUCGAAACACGGCAGGCCCUCCACGGAAUAUCCUGGCCAACAUCCAAUCCUAAGAAAAUUCAAGUCGAAUACUCUGCGAAAGAAGAGAUGGAAAAGGCGAAGGAGAGUUCCAAAGAUCAGCCUCUAUCACGUAAAUUAGAAGCCUCUUCUGGGGCAGACGCUUGGCAACAGGACUGGGGGCGUGAUGAGAAGUCAAAUGCUGCUACCAAGGUAACUGUUGUGAGGGAGUGGGAUUUAGGUAAAGAGGAUGGUCAACAUCUACUGCUGAAUGACAAGGAGAAGGAGACGAAGGACAGGGACAAAAAACGAAGACAAGCACGGAGUCGCAGUCCGACUCUUGAAGCACACCUUCCAGCACCAGCGAGGAAGUUCAAGAAAAAGGAGGAUGAACCUCCACCAGCUAAACUUCUUGACGAUCUUUUCAGGAAAACUAAAGCUGCACCCUGCAUAUAUUGGCUGCCGCUUACUAAUGAGCAGAUUGUUGUUAAGGAAGAAAUGCGACGACAGCACAUGGCCGAACAUGCAAGACGACUCGAAGAGAUGAGACGCGCUGAAAGAAAUCGUGAUGGCCAUCGUCGACGUAGUCCCAGAAAAUAAAUAAACCUUACCUGACCUCAAUUUUUAUUUCACAGUUUCGUCCUUUACUCGUUCAAUCUAAAUUCAAAAAUCUUUAUUCGAUUAUCUGACACAGCUUCGAUACUUCUUUAGAAACUAAAUGCAGACACUUGUUUCAUUUUCACCCUUCAGUUGUACAAAAAUAAUUUUAUUCUCUUCAUCGAUACAGGCGGAAUUAUGCGUUUUCACUAGACGUUUGUUUAUUCAAUCUACACAUUAGUUGAAAUUAAUCAACUUCAAUUACUAGUUCUGAUGAUGGAAAAAAAAAAGUUUCCAAUUUAUUUCUCUACCGAGAAAGAUUGAGACAAAGAAAUGAUGAAAUAUCGGAGAUUAUUUCUUGUACGAACCCCAAUAAAUAUCCUGUAUUAUCA